GAAAACCCGGGCUCAGGUCCGCGUCUUCCCCAGGCUCGGACAGAACCGCCGAGACAAAAGCGCCCGCCCGGCCGCCUCCUGCGAGGAGCGCUUGGGGAAAGCGGUUCUCAAGUUGUUCCGUUUGUCUCCUGAAUUUGCCUUCCCUACAACACACCCCCUCUGGGAGCAAUUAAAGGGAGCGGAGGUACGAAUCUACAUCUAGAACAGAUAAGGCUUCAAGGAGGCAGUUGCUGGAGGAGGAGCAGUGGAUAAAGAAUUACAGGAAAUGUGCAUCUGCUCAGAGUUGUUCUGGUUAACCUGUUGAUAUGCAUGGUAGUUUUCUACACUGUGUACUAUGUGGUCCUAUCUGUGUGCUUCGCAGUAUUCAAGAUUAAAAUGUUGGAUGGUUUGGCACCUUUUGAUUUUAAGACAAAUCCCUCAUGGAUUAACCCCUAUUAUUUAGUUCUGGUGAUAUCAUUGGAAAUAACUUUCUUCAUUUGUGGUCUGCUGUUUGCCCUGGUUGUGGAAGAAUGGGUUUGGGAUUAUGCCGUAACAGUUACUAUUAUUCAUAUCAUCAUAACUUCAGCUGUUAUGUCUGAAUUCCCCCUGAUGUUACACUGGUGGCUGGCAUUAGGAUCUGGAGUAAUUUCAAUGAUUUGUGGAGGACAGAUUUUGGCAUACUGCUUGUUCAAAGACAACUUCAUUUACCCAAUUCUAGAUGAUUUUUGAAAAGGAAAAUUAGAACUUGUCUUUAUAUUUACAUGAAUUCUAUGGUCUCAUUAACAACAUAAUUAAAAUGAAGUUAGCAACUGUCUAAUUGUAAGGCUAAUAUUUAGCUUACCAGAGCUCUUGUAUCUUACAUUUGUUUGCAACGUCAAUGUCAUCACUCUUAGCUGUUUUAUGUAAUCACUUUUAGCUUUUGUAUGUGCGUUUUCCAUUAAACAAAUAAUUAGAUAUGUUGUCUCUUUUUUAAAAUACAAUAAACCAUAAGGAGGAUAGGAGCAAUGAGACAACGCUCUUGCAAAAUCCUACAAGGAAAAGGGAAAAACAGAUUUGAAUUGAAUGU